AUUUUGACUGAUGGCAUUGAACAUCUGAAUAAUUGAAAUUGAAUGACCAAUGUCUUACUGUGUUUUUAUCAUAUUAUUUUGUAAUGAAUCAAAGUCUAAUUCAAUGGUAAUAAUAUGAUAUCGUUCUUCUCAAAACUUACAUUAAGCAAUUCGAAGCCGCAAGUGGAAGUCGCCUCACCCGCUUAUAUGGACAAAAGUGCAUCAUUGCAGGAACUUGGGUACAAGGACGACAAUGAGUUGAGAGAAACGAUAUACGACUUUUUGCGGACAAUAAGGGAUCCGGAAAAGCCAAGUACAUUAGAAGACCUAAAGGUUGUCUACGAAGAAGGAAUUUUUGUGAAAGCAUCAACCGAUGACAACGUUCCUAUUCUGAGAGUGGAGUUCAACCCAACUGUGCCUCAUUGUUCUUUGGCCACCUUAAUUGGAUUGUGUAUAAGAAUAAAGAUUCAGAGGUCUUUACACCAUCCAGUUAAAUUAGAUAUUUACAUCAAAAAGGGUGCCCAUACCACAGAAGAUGAAAUUAACAAACAGAUCAACGACAAGGAAAGAAUUGCAGCUGCGAUGGAGAAUCCCAACCUAAGAAACCUUGUUGAAAGUUGCAUCGCUGAUGAAGAAUAAUAAUAUAUUGCAUACGUAGAUUA